AUGAUCAUCAAUACCCAACUCGAUGGUGUUGCCCUCGUUGUCGGUGUUAGUUCCGGACGAGGAAUCGGCCAACAAGCCGCCUUCUCUCUGGCCGAAGCCGGCGCAAAAGUGGUCGUAUUCGCGGACAUGAACGAAGAGACCGCCGAACAGUCCGCCGAAGAAAGCAAGAAAUAUGCCUCGAACAAGGACUACACGGCCACCACGUUCACCGUGAACGUCACUGACGCGCAAGAUGUCCAGGAGAUGGUCGACUUCGUGGUUAACACUUUUGGACGCUUGGAUUACUGCGUGAAUGGAGCUGGGAUCGACAACGGCAUCCUCACCCCCUUCUCAGAAACCGACAUCGAUAACUUCGAGCGCAUCAUGAACAUCAACACCAAGGGGAUGAUGCUCUGUGUCCGCGCGCAAUGCGCCGCCAUGCGCAAGCAGACCCCACGACAAGUUCAAGGACGUAACGGUAUGCGUGACAUCGGCCGCGGAGCCAUUGUGAACAUCGCGUCUGCGAACUCGUUCGCCGGGUUGCCCGGGAAGAUGUCUUAUACCGUGUCAAAGCAUGCGGUUAUGGGGUUGACGAAGAUGGCUGGCCUCGAUCACGCCCCCGAAGGAAUCAGAUGCAACGCCGUCUGUCCGAGCUGGGUCCGUACGCCCUUGCUGGACGUCGAAAUGCAGAGUAACCCCCAAGUAGCGGCGCAGAUCUCGGCGAUUGUGCCGAUCAAGCGCGCCGCGGAGAGCGACGAGGUGUCGGAUACGAUUGCCUUCUUGGUGAGUCCGGCGGCGAGCUAUAUCAACGGGACGAGUAUUGUGAUUGAUGCGGCGGUGACGACGACGGUGAGGCUUUUUUGA